CGCCUGUCUUCCCAUUCUGCAAAUUGGUACAGAGGGGACACUUUACCGACAGUCGAAUCGGUAGCAGAAUGACGGCCAUCUUCGGGCAGGAGCUGAGUCCCGGCAUGGCGGCGCUGGUGUAUGUGUUCCUGGUGUUGGCGUUAUUGAUAUUAUGCGGCUCCAUCUGGUACUACUGGAGCUACGCGCGCAAGAUCGAGCGAUUCCUAGCGAGAGAUAACCAGAACAACAACAUGAUGCGGCAUCAUCUUGUGGACAGUUUCCUACAGCGCGGAGAGGAGGAAUGGCCCUGCUCCAUCUGCUUCCACGACAACCACCCGGACAAGACGAGCUGCGUCAUGUGCGGCACUCCACGCAUCGUCACAGCCACGACGCCGUCGAAUCUGGCUCGGGCUUCGGGGCUCCACAAACAGGACUUUAGUCAGAGUAUGCUCAACCAGCAGUCACGUGUACGCAGCUUCCACGUGCGAAGACUCAAGCAAAUGGACCUCACGUCCAGGCAGAAAGCGGCUGUGCGUCGGCAUCUCUGGAAGAGGAAGCGUGGUAAAGACGGCGUUAUGCGUUGGGUACGGAUUGACGCAAAGCACGAAGAAGACGACACAGAGAACAAGGAAAACAGGAGUGAAACAAUGUACAGUGGACUUAGCACGCCUCCUAAUGGUACGGCCAUCUUAGGAGGAGACGAGUUCCCGCGGACAUCCAGCACGAGUCGAGUCUCGUCGUCGUCCUCAUUGAGGGAAGACAACGAGCACAUUGCACUUGCAUUGCGGGAUUUUGGUGUCCCUGAGAAUGAAGGUCGACACCCCGACAGCUCGUUUUUAUCAGCUAAUAACGACCUGGGUCGUCCGUCCUUUCAGCCACUGCGUGCGACGGCGUUGCAACGUCUAGAAGAAGCGGAAGAGCGUCCGACCAUGGCUUUCUACUCACAGCAGAACCCGUUCAAUCCUGCCAAUAGCGGUGCGAACCCGUUCAACCCGAAUGGUAGCAGCAGAAACCCGUUUUCGGGUAGUACAGUCAACCCGUUCGCGAGUACUCGUGGCCUUGCUAGUUCACGUGGCUUAAACCAGAUUAGUGAAGACCGGGAAGGUACAAUGGGUGGAGGACCAAUUCCAGAAAUUGGAGGACCAGGCGGUGUAGAAGACCGUCGCUUCCUUGAGUCAAACGAUACAGUCAUGUCGAAUGUGUCUACCGGCUACGUACGGCACGAGGAUGGCGCAGGAGGAUACGAGUGGACUCCUGCUGGAACGAUUAUUGCGUUCACAGACACCAGUCGUCGCAUGGAUUGCGAAGACGAUCUAGAGGAGAUUGCGUCGCUGACAUUCCACGAUAAGAACCGCUGGUUCCUUGAGCAGGUACAGAAGCGCUGGCGAAGUUACGAAGAAGGCCACAUCCAAUUCGUCGUAAGACGUGAACAUGUAGUGAGCGAUUCGCUGGAGCAAAUGCUCAAAUGUCCGCCCAGUCGAUUCUGGGAACGUCUACGUAUCUACUUCGAGAACGAGCCUGGACUGGAUGCUGGUGGUUUGAUUCGCGAGUGGUACGAGAUUCUGAGUGACUCGCUCUUUAACGAUGACUUUGGUCUGUUCAUAUCGACGAAAGGAGAGAACAUGGGCUACUGGAUCAACCCCGCGUCAGCCUCUAAAGUGCCGAACCACUUGGAAUACUACGAAUUCGUCGGUCGAUUAUUGGCCAAGGCACUGAUUGAAGGCUACAACAUGAAGAUGUCGCUUGCACUGCCGCUGAUUAAGCAUAUUCUGGGUGUACCUAUCUCGUUCUCGGACUUGGAAUUCCUGGACGAAGAUCUGUACAAGAAUGCCAUGUGGAUGAAGCAGAACGACCACGCUGAGUUACUUGCGAUCGACUUUACGGUGCAGGUGAUUACCUCAGAGGGCAAGUCCCACACCGUUGAGCUUGUACCAGGUGGAGCAGACCGUGACGUAACGGACGAGAACAAGAAGGAGUAUCUGGAACUGCUACUUAAACAUUACAUGUUCGAGAGUAUUUCAGAGCAACUGGGUGCUCUGCUUAUGGGCUUCUACGACGUCAUGCCGCAGUUCUUGAUCACUGUCUUCGAUUACCAGGAGUUCGAUCUGUUGUUGUCUGGUGUUCCCGAGCUCGACGUGAAUGACUGGCAUACACACAGUGAAGUUCGCUGGAUUAAGCUCGAGAAACCAACUCCUGUUGAACACCGUGUACUUCGAUGGUUCUGGGAGUGUAUGCGGGAAUUUACGAGCGAAGAACGCGCUCGAUUGCUGCAAUUCGCAACUGGUACGUCACGCGUACCCGUUCAGGGCUUUAAGGCGCUCAUGAGCAGUGACGGUCGUGUCCGACGAUUUACCAUCCAGUUCGUACAACGUGGUGCCCCUCCUACGGGUCUAAUGCCUAAGGGCCACACAUGUUUCAACCGAAUCGACCUGCCACUCUAUCACAACAAGGAAGAAAUGGUCAACUACCUGACGCUUGUGAUGAACAUGGAGAUCUCAGGCUUCUGGAUGGAGUAAACUAGACACCAGGCUCUUAUCUGUUCCGUGUGUCCGUCAUGGGAGAAAUUUAAAUAUGAUGAUGUCGAUUUUUUUUCAUGCUGCCUCUCCAGGUGUAUUAUAUUACAGUUUGAUGAUCUCACUUGUGAACUGCAAAGCAGUUGGGUGUCAUCUGAAUGGUGGACUCCACAUCGGUGUAGCGCAACAAGAAUUUGCUGCAGAUUUCGUCCGUGUGGUGACCACCGUCCAUCAUUCGAAGCACGUCUUUCUCCAGUUGAUUGGCCUUGCUCACCAGUGCUCGUUUAGAGGACGUCAGUGAAGCCACAUUGCCUCCAGCUCCAUUGGAGGCACCAGCACCGUUCCCACUCACGCCAUUCGCUCCCACUCCUCCGGGUUGAGUUGAUGUAGGAGCAGCGCUGAUGGGGUUCAUCCCAGAUAAUGACGGGGAAUUCGUCGACAAUGCGUAAGGCCGACCUUUUUGCUGGCCUCCUUGCUGCUGCUGUGGCUGUUGCUGUGGCUGCUGGGUUUGUUGCUGUUGCGGCGGACUGGAACCAGGCAAGUUGCGGUCGAUGCAGAUAGGAUACCGAUGCACGCGUCUCAAGAAGCCAUGGAUGAGUCCGAACGUGAUAAAUCGUCGAACAUCGAUGAACGUGAGCGAUUCGGAGUACACGACGCAGAAGUCGCUCAUACGCAGACUGGGUUGGACCGAGCAAUACAACGCGAAAAUCCGAGCGAAUGAUGGCGGAGCAUGGCCGGAUUUCGAGAUGUAUACAGCACACUCGGCUUGUAGUUUGGGAUCAUUUGCUAGCACGGCAAUCUUCGGAGUGUUGGCGUAGAUGUUGGAAUGCAGGAAGAUAUCGAUCAGGGUGACGCAACCGUAGUACAGAAGCUGACGGACGCACUUCUUGACGAUUGCAAUCUCUACAUCAGCUUCCAAGCUAAUGCGCUUCACGUAUCGGACCCCAUCGAUGAAUGGAACGAUCUGUUGCAACGCCAAAUCCCAUUCUGCUGUUGCAAAAGUUAUGAAUAAAAUAAGUGCCUGAAUACUUCACAAGACGAUGGAGUCUAGAGACGUCGGCCCAAAAACGCACCACUGUUUUCGAGUAGAGCACGAAGGUCUCGAAUUGCAACUGGCACUUGGUAUUCAAACACAGGUGCUGGGUCUUGCAACGUCGGAAAUAGCUUCAAGUUGACAAUAUUCGCAGUGUCCACUGGAAUAGUGCACUCGCCAUGCAGCGUCAAAUCUCUCAAAAUCUGAGGCAGGAUUGUCCCCAAGAGCUCCUUCUUGUCUGCAUUGUACAGGAAUCCACUUUCUUUCUCCAUUCCCUCCACCAAAGCUCCUAACUGCAGUUAUAACAACCACAAAGGUUAUCAUCGGUGUAGCAUGAUACUAUGAAAACUUCUCCACCGUCCAACCUUUCGCAGAAUUGGUCGGUAUGGUGCCGUCUCUACGAGCUCGUCGAACACAAAACCUGCAUCGUAUUCAAAAUAUUAUUAGUCUUUAGUAUAAAAGUUCCGGUUGAUGCUGCGCAAGGGCGUACCAAUGUUAAAUAAGAGCGCGUUACGGUGAUACUUGU